AUGAAUCUGCUCAACUGCGCCGAGUGUCCGCCCGAAGCUGUCCGAGCCGCUCGUCAGGAGUCGAGUCUGGACGCGAAUUUUCCCGCUAAAAGCAGAUCACAUGCAUCACCGUUCCUUUCAAGUUCGGAUCCUGAAAAGGGCGAGAUGCACCCAGACGCCCGACGCAAACCCAAAGCAGAAUUUGAGGGCGAAGCAAACCCCAACACGGGCGAAAUUGGUGGCCCCAAAAACGACCCCCUGAAGUACGAAAAGGAGUGGACCUACGGUGGAAGAGCUACCGACUUCUAA